UCAUAUAUUUCCGAAAGUUGUUGAUUUAUAGGCGUAAAAAUUAAAGAAGUUGCGGAUUUAAAGGGUUAACUUACUAUCAUACCCCAUGGUCAUAGAAUUCAUUUUAUCCUCUAGUAUAAACUAAAACCCAGUUUGUGUUAAGGUUGUAUUCAGCAGUCAGCAGUAUGAGUGUAUCCUGCGAAAUGGAAAUGUGUGUCAUAGAAUGUAUGAAACUGUUUCAUAAAGGAAUUUCAUACAGUUGUUUGGAAUUGUGUUCACCCCAUCCUCUUCGUCCGCUGCACUACUGUAGGCAACGAUAAAUAUACGCGCGAACCAUCUAAUUGAACAUAUGAUGUAAUUUGAAAUUCAAGGACUUUUCACGCUGUAUGUUCGUCCUAUUCUAUUCGAAAGCGAUGAGAACUAAUUUCUGUAUAUCACUGCAGCAUAUUAAAUUUCUUCCUGUAAUUAUAUUCUGAGACAUUAUGUGAACAUAAAGAAGAGAUGGAUAUGAUGACUCACCAAAUUUUCCUUGUUUUGAUCUUGCGUUUAGAUGGGAAUGUGCUCCACUCACAAUGGGGAAGCUCAAAUAUAGGCUUUGAAGAAUUUGUUCGGGCAAACCUCUUAAUAAUGUCUGAUAUCCAACGGUCAAAGUCAACAUCUGUACGUGAUUCGACUUCCGCUACAGUAACUUUUUCUAAACUUAAAAUGAAGUUGGCGAAACAUUUUCCCUUCAUAGGUGAGACAUUACUAGAACUGAGAAAAUAUUUAGCAGACAUUGGGAAUGAGAAAGUAUUGACUGAUAUCAUUAAUAAAUAUAGAAGAGGCUGCUACGAGGUGUACAAAGAUGUGCUAGACAGUUCAGAAAUGAGUAGAAUGUUGGCAGAUAAUAUAAUUAGAGUUUUGGAUAUACUCAAGGAUAUGAGCAUAAAAUUCUUUGAGUUAGACGAAUUUCAACACAGAGUUUGUGAACUUAUUGCCAUCUAUAUUAGCUGUAAGCUUAGUGUAAGUGUCGACUGUGAUAUGGAGGAUGAAAAUCUGAUUGGUAACAGCAUAGUCUAUAUAAUGCGGAGGCAUUUAUAUUUGCGACAAAAUGAUGAGGAUGCCAAUCUUUACAAUGUCCUUAGAACUCUGGUUUAUAUACCAAGAUUUUUUAGUGCCCGCAGAAUUGUUUGUGCCAUAUUUGAAGAAUUCAUACCUUUAAAAGCACCCGCCGAAGUUCAACAACUUCCCGACAAAUUAUAUAUGUUGUACAUAAUCGUUUUCUAUCGUUGGAUGAAAAUCCAACAGGAUGCUGGUGAUGCUGAAGCUGUGUUGAAUUUUGCCGAGAGUUUUAUGAAACCAAGCGUGAGCUUAUGCACUAAUCAACUGUAUUGCCAGCAUUUGCCCCGCUAUUCCAGACACAGUAUGGCGACGCGAACCAUUUUAAAAAAUAUGCACUUCUAUAAUGAUUUAAGAAAUGCCUGCAUAAUUGAUAAUGCCUAUAAGUUAUCUGGUGCAAUAUUGAAUCUCUGUGAUGAUGAAGAAGACGAUGAUGUUGAUAAUCGAAAUGUGAUAAUUGAAGACGGAUCGGUGAAAGUUAUGACUUUUGCCCAAUUAUUCUCCGCCGUGGAAUUGGAAAUUGAGAAACCCGCUAUCUCACAGGUUAAACAUGAAGAAAGAACCAUAGUUGAUAGUGUUGAUCUAACAGUGGAGCACGAUGAUGUCGAAGAUUGUUACACUGCAUCUCGAACUUGGCGAGAACGCUAUGACAAUUGUUUUGAAAAGCUGGCAUUGGUGGUCAAGCAAUUUAAUUCAUUGCAGCGGCUAAAAGAGAAUUCCAAAGAUGUUAUAUGCUUAGACAUAUCAUCAUCAGAAGAGGAAAAGCAAAUAACAACAACGGAAUCCGAAAAUUUAUUUGAUGAUAAUUCUCCCAUAAGUAAUGCACCCAUUGAAAGUUUCUCCACCAAUGCUUUAGAUUCUUUAAAAUCACCUUCUAACCCUUCACCCAAAAAGGGUCUACGCACAUAUAAAGCAAAAAAGAGUAUCACCUGUUCUAUAUCAUCUGCCGACGAGAAUUGUGGCUAUAGCACGCCUAGUAAAUUAUUCGGUACCAGAAUGUAUAGCCCUAAACCAAGGUUUUGCAAUAAAUUACCACGACGCCAUAGUUUACAUAUCCAUCCAGAGCCAUUGUAUCAAGAAAGUGCUGAAGAAGUCUGCUCCGAUGAGGAUUCUUAUAAAAACCUAUUUUAUUGUUCAUCAUCUCAAAGAUUAUCACCGUUAAGAGCCAAUGGACCAGGGGUGCCGUAUGCCAAAAUAAACUCCACUCUUGGUGGUGAAAAAGUCAUAUUUUCCCAAACGUCACAGCAUAGCCAAAUAAGGGUUUGUGAUGAACAGAACCCUUCUCAAAAGUUCGAACAAAAAUCCAAACAUUUUGAUAGCUCUCCUAUGGAUCCAACUACUGCCUAUUCAAACCAACAGACUACAAAUUCACCCUUUAUGGCGCAUUCAAGAAAUGGGGAGUCCUCUGAUUAUUGGCCAGGCUCUACAAGUUGUGUAUCGUGUUCACCAUCUGUUAUAUCCAACAAGGGCUACGAAACAAACACCACUAAUGUUGUUUUCCCCAUUGAGAAAACAUCGUUGAGGAGACAGUUUAAGGAACAGAAAGAGCACAUUGCCACCGCUGCCACAUUAUUUCAGAAUGUCUUCGAUGAGUCUCGUAAUAAUCGUCUAUUGUCUGUAUGUUCCUCAUCCUGCUCGAGCUACCCAUCAAUAUAUCCAACCAAUCCAAGGUUUUCACACAAGAACCAAAGUCACCUUUCCGCCUGCCUUGACAUACAAACACCUAUGACGAAUAGCCCUGUUGUUCUCAAACCCAGUCCGUUGAAUAAACGAAGGUACACCAUAUCUGGCCAUAGCGAUUUUAAUAGUUAUAUGACAAAUAACUAUGGCCAAUGCUCUACUUUCGAGCGCAACAGUAUAGGACAACAAUCCAAUAAGAUAGGGGGCAGUAGUUAUGAAGAUUCCAAUUGGCACGAAAACGGAUUCCACGCAGACGUCGAUGAUGGUGCCUAUCCUUAUCAUGAUGAGAAAUUGUCAAAGCGUUGUGCUGUGAUAAUAAGACCUACCAAAGAGCUGUUACAAUAUGAACGUCAACGAGAUGCCAUGUACAAUGAGAUUUUACAAAAACAAAGAAGAAAAUUGGAAUUACGUGCACUGGAGAAAAUGAGAGAAAAAGAACGUCGUAGACAAGACAAGCUGCAAAAGCGAGAACAGUUUCAGUUGGAACAGAGUGAGACCAUGAAACAGUUGGAAAGAAUGAAUUUGUAUAGUCAGUCGGAUGAUGAAAGUGAAAGGAAUGCUAUUCCCAACCAUGGGGCAGAAGAAUGUCUUCACAGCAAUAGUGGCAAUAGAGGGGAAAUUGGAAAUUUAUGUCAAAAUCACCCAACCUUUAAAACCACUCUUGCAAGGCAUGAAUCUCCAAUUGGGACAAACCUCCAUCCAAGCAAAGAAUCUCAUAUUGACUCAAGCUCUCGGGCUCAUAAAAGAUGUAGGGAAAAUUUGCUACAAAGCUCCGAUGGAGAAUCACAGCCAACAAAACGAUUUUCAAUGCCCAGAAAUAAACCAAAAUUCUAUUGUGAGCUGGAAAACCACUCUGACUUCCUUAGAUCCGAAGAAGAUUUGCCUUCAAACAAAAAAGCUGGAAAGAAUACUAAAGCAGAUUUGGAAGAAAAUCCCCAAAAGGAAUCUCCAACAAAACCUUGCAGAAAUGUUAAAAUCAAUAAGGUCACAAAAUUGAAUAGCCCCCAAAAAACGAGUCUCCAUGCCAAAAAAUUUGAUGUUGAGGACAAAGAUUCCUCAGAGUUAGAUCUGCUGCCUCUGAAACACAGAAAGACUAAGCAACAAAGAAGGAAAUCGCAGUUACCUAAGCCAAAUGUGAAUGCCAUCCCCCAAAAACGGCCUGUACGCCAGUGCAGGCAAAAUGAAAAAAGACAAGAGGAAGAUGCCUCCCACAAACCAUCUAACACUCAGUCUUUUACGCGUAAUAUGAGGCAAAGAAAACGCAGCACUACAAGUGCUCUGAUGGUAGAAGGAGACCAGACAACAGAUUCUGAAUUUGAAUACCAGAGACCUGCACGCCCUGCCAGAGAAAGGCGUAAAAGUGUCCUUCCACAUUUGGUACAAACUACAGAUUCCGAGGCAGAGCAUUUACCAGUUUUGGCAUUGCGCCAAUCUCCACGUUUUGCUAAAGAUCAAGGAUACGCCAGCAUAUCAGCCCAAAGUUCAUUAAGGCAAACUGAAUCGGAAACGGAAUUGGCCACACAAUUACAAGCAAAUAAAAUGUCUCCCCCCGCAGCUCCAUACAGAAGAAAAAAUGUAAAUCGUCCUAAUAAAAAAUGUCUAAAAGACAAUGGCAUCGAAAAACAAAUGGAAAUCGUAGGGAAUGCAACAGGAAAUGUAGAUUCGGCGCUAUCUGUAACCUAUGCAAGCGACAAAGAGCUCUCGAAGGAAAUCAUGGUGGAUGUUAUUGCCAAGCGUUUAUCAUCUCCGGAUACCUCUACAAUGGCAAAUCUCUCCAAAGAAAUUGAAACUGCAGAACGAGAAGAAAUCUUGGAAACUUUGGAAGAUCUAUUGGAAAAUGAGAAUGCCACAAAAAAUUAUAACAAUGAGACAGUUAGCAAUGAGGCAACAAGUCCCAUGGUGGUUAAUGAAGCCCUUAGCUUAAAUAAUUCACCAGAAGAAACGGCAAAUGAUGUGGUGGAUAUGCAUAGGGUUAUAGAGAAAAUUGUCCUAAAUGAAAUACAACGUGAAAUGGAUGCCGAAGAUGCAGACACAGAAGUCGGUAUACCUCAAGCAAAUCUAGCAGAAAAGGAAAAUGUUGGCAGCUUAGGCACCCAAAUGUCUUUGUCAGCCGAGAGGACCAUAAUAAAUUUCGAAGAGGAUGGUUUGCAUGACAUUUUGGAAAACUCUACGACACAUACUAAUGGUUUAAUGGCAAAUCACAGAAUUCCUUUGCUUAUAACAAGUGUACAAACCCUGCCGCCUAUACAAAUAGGAGAGAACCCAUCACAAGCUAGCUUUUUAGGCAAAGGGUGUGAAGAAUCAUCUUUGACUACAAAAUUGACAGAUACAGAACAUCAAAUCGUUGGAGCACCCUCUGCUUUGGAAAAAGAAAAUGUAGAAGCUCAAGUGCCGCUUAACGUAUCCACCAAUUUUCUACAAGUUGAUAUGGCCUCUACCUGUUUCAACUCUGCCAACCAGAAGGUAAGAGACAAGCCUAUGCCUUUGGAACACACCAGUUUAGAAACUAAUAAUGAGGAAAACCUAAUAAGGCGGGAGAUUGGAAGUGUUAAGACCACCAGGGAAGGCCACAAAGAUAUGGAAACGUCACAGAAAGUCAAGAACCAAGGCAGUAGGGAAUUAUCGUCAAUAAAGAAUGUUAUGAAUAUAUCCAUCAACAGCCUUGAAGAAACUUUCCAGGCAAAUCAAAUAGAUGACAACAAAAAUCCAACAUAUAGUUUGAGGAAUUCUAUGCGAGGUGGAAGUGUGGAAAGUGUAACUUCUGUUCAAAGAGAUAUAUCACAUUGUUUGAAGCAGACAAAAGAAGACGUCAUAAUGCAGAAGAAAUAUGCUCCAGCUUGGUCACCCACUGAAAUGGUAGAAUUAAAUGACUAUAAAGCCGGUCUACAGAAUGUUGGCAAAUCUAUACUACGUAGAGUCUAUUGUGCUGAAGAUGAGCAACGUAUUGCUACAUGGUCUCCCACUGAAAUGGUGGAUGAUAUGGAACCUAUGGAGAUCGAAAGAGAUAUGAACGAUCAACAGCAUAUUGCUAAUCCAAAAAUGAAAUCUGGGAAAACUGUAACCUUUAACUCCAAGGUUGAAAUUAUAGACAUUCCUGCUCUCAGCCAAAAUAAUACCUACUCAAAUUCCAAUGGUUUAGAGGAUGGAGGAUGUACUUCACCUACCUCAUGCUAUUAUAAUGAGCAAGAUGGGGAAAAUCUUAAAAACGCCUUACCAAUGAUAGUUUCUUACGGUUACAUAAAGCAAUUGAAUACAAAUACCCAGGAAAGUAAACAUAACUCUGUAGCAAAUGAAGCAGAGCAUGGGUUCAAGGCUGAACCGCAAUCAUCAGCAGACAUCAAAAAGCAGAUUGCCAUAGAACCAUGGUUGACAUCUAUAUCCCAUACCACCCAGCCUUCAACAUCAGCUCAUAUUACCAAAGGCGAAUCCUUGACAAAUUCUAGGAGCCUUUAUAAUCAAAAUUUAAUUACAGCCCCAGCUGCUGGUGAAUAUCUAAGCUGUGGCUCUGCACAAUUGCAGAGUUUUGAUAUGCUUAAUGGAAAUUUUGUAAAUUGCUUAGCCAUAGAUUCCACCAUCAAUGCAUCCACAUCAUAUGGAACAAAUGACUUGAAAGAAGACAUUUUGAAGCAAGAAAAAUUUAACGCCCUAAGAACCAUAAAUAAAUCCAUGAUGUCCCCUUCAGAACAAGAGGUGUCUUCUACUCAAGAAGUAUUUUUUCAAACUACACCCCAAGAGCUGGCCGCACCUAAAGGCAACACAUGGCCUGUAGCUUUAAUACAGCUGCCAGAAAACGCUCCAUCAAAUGUUUUACAAAAUAAUCAGGUGGACACCACACAUCAAAGCAGUGAGCAUAUCGUUGUUCAACAUCCUGCUGCCGACAUGGCAGUGGAACAUUUAAUCUCGACUUCCAACAACAACAAGCAGGAAAAAUUGAAAGAGGAAUCUGAAAAGAAGAGAAAGAGAGUUAAGAAGGAAACUGAAAAGGAAACCAAAUCUAGUCACAAGUCUAAUGCCAGGUCUUUGCAACCGAAAGAAAGAAAAAAGAAAGGCUUCUCAGAGAGAAAACAUUCUUCUCACACAACUCAAACCACACACUUGAUGACCAAAACCGAAGGUGCCUCCAAACCUUCCGAAUCUACUUUUAUCGUUUGUCCAACCGCUUUGGAAGAAAAAUCAAAGACUAGAAAAUUUAAAAUACCCAAGAUAAAGGCCACAAAUGCCGAAGUGUCAUCAUUGCCAGAGCAAAAUUUGGCCUAUAAACUUAUUGAUAGUGAAAAUAAGGCCCAAUCAAAUAAAUUUAAAGUUUCUAUUGACCUUAUUAAGCAAAAGAAACCCUCAAAGGGAGGGGCAACCAAAACUAAAAUUGCAUUGACAAUAGAAAACAAGGAAGAUAUCACCCCCAAAAAGGAAAUUAAAGAAGGACAUGUUAAUAAAUCAAGGGAAACGAAGCCUUGCAUUACAAUUUUAGAAAAGGAAAGUGAAGGGAAAAAACAAAAAUCAAAAAUUGCUAAAAACAAAUCCGCUUUAAGGGAGCCAGGAAAAGACAGGGAUCCUUUGGAGAUUGAGAUAACAAAGAAAAAACACAAAACAAAUGAGAAGGCAAAGUGUAAAGUAAAGCCAAAAAUCAUAAAUAUUGAGCCAGGGCUAAAUGCAAAGAAAGUAACAUCAGAGCCCAUAGAUGAUAUGACAAACAUUUUUUUGGAAAACGGAAAGGCAAACGAUGUAAAGGCUGUAUGUACACAUUCUGCACCAAAUUUUACUUCCAGCAAACAUGUGCCGUCAAUUCUUCCAAAAAGAGGUGAUUCUCCCAAGUCAGAUACCAUUUUUCUUAAACAAAUUGUGACAAUCGGUCAAUCAAUGGAUCAAAAUAUGAUACCAACGAAAUACAUGGAGGGCCUGAGGGGAGAGGAUCCUCUCAAUACCCAACAAGCUGAGACAAAAGAAAAGCCCAAAGUACAAAAACACAAUUUGGAGUUUGAAAAGUCUAAAAAACCAAAGCCAACUUCAACGCCCCAAAAAUCGGAUCAUCCAUGUAUAGAUUAUAAAGUAAAUGCUAAGACUCAUCAAUUUCGUGCAAACAAAAAGACAUCGAUGGAUAAAGAGGCAAAGUUGGCAAAUUCCAAUUCUACCCAAGAACUGAAAACUCGGAAUCAACAAUCCAUCAUCGAUUCAAAGCAAAGUAAAUUGCUGGAACCACAUAAAACCAACGAUCCCUUGGGUAAAGCAAAAAAAACAGAUAAGGAAAGUGAUUUCAAAUUGGAUAAAGCCAAAAAUGCCAAUUCAAAAUCAAAUCCUAAAGGCAGCCAUUCAAGUGUACAAAAAUCUAGUGAUCCCUUGAACAAUGAAAAUGAUUUAACAUUGGAUAAAGCCAGAAAUCCCAAUCCAAAACCAAAUUUAGAAGGCAACCAUUUAUAUUUACCACAAUCUGCUGAACCCCCAAAUAAAUUAAACAGUGGAGAUGAUGAUUCAAAACCAAACUUAGAAGGCACACAUUUGGAUUCUGCAAAUUCUCUCAAUGAACUGUUACGAGCAAAAACCAAGAAAUGUGACGGUGUAGAUGCAGCAGCUACUACUAGCAAUGAAAUUUCUGACAGUAAAGUCAAUCUACCAGAAGUAAUUGCUAAAGAAAUUUACAUUAUGGCUGCUGAGGUAACAAUACCCCUAUCCCCCAGCAAACUUAAACUUUCAGAAUCUUCAACAGAUGCCAGUAAAUCAAGUGAAUCAAGUGUGGGUUUAAAGGAACCCGCCACAACGGGUAUCAAGUCGGCUGUAAAUCAUGGCCAUCGUAAAUACAGUCGAUCGAAAUCGAAAAGAAAUUCAGACAAAGAUGAAAAUUACAAUGUAACCUCCACGAGUAGCAUAACAAAGGCGAAAAGCAACUAUAAUUCAAUGAAAGAGAAAUCCACCUCUAACGAAACUACGAAAAAUUAUUUAAGCAAAUGUGCUUACGAACUUUCAGCUAAGGAACAGAGGAAACAUGAACAUUUGAUAUCCCCACAACAAACUUCCUCCCAGAAUACCCAGGAAAACAACGAAAUCAGCACUUCCCUUACUGAUGAUUUGUCAAAGGCCAAAAUCGCAUCUUCUAAAGGUAAUCCUGAAGAUGAUAUAUCCUCCAGUCCUGUAAGAAAAAAAUCUCGCAUCAAGUAGCGUCUAACGGACAAGGAUUGUGCAGUGCGUGAGCAAUUGAUGAGAAGUGCCAAAAUGCCCUUAAAGAAGCGACUGCUGCUUGACUAUAAAUUUGUGUAUACAAACAAUUGUAAAUAUUCGAAUAGAAAGAAGAGAGGGCUAUAAUAGUUUUUGUUAAACACUAAGGGCCAGAACCUGUGAGAGAGAAAGGGGGAUAUUUCUCUCGAAAUUGUUCAACAAAAAGAAUUUGAGAAUGGAAGUCCUUUUUUCACAAUUAAGUUUUGUAUUUAAACAAGCAAAACUGUAUUUUACGGGGUAGUUCGCAAAAAAAAUCAAAUUUUUUUGCUAACCCCCUAAUUUUGACCCCAAAAACCCGAUUAUGAAGUCCGUUUUUGGGGCCAAAAACCCCCCUUGGGGGAAGUAGUCCAAACUGGUCAAUCUGAGUAUCAAAUAAAAGGAAUUGAUUAGUAGAUUACGAAUAUGCGAUCAAAUGUCCAAAAUUUUGACCCGGGAAGGACCUGUGGGGUCUUGAGAAUUUUUACCCCUAUUUGGAAAAUUGACGAAAUUGUUA